UUGACAAGUUUUCUGUAUGUGUGGGAAAUGUACAAAUUGGGUGUUUUUUGUUUCCUCAGGUCAUUGCUGUGUAGGCCUUUGCCUGUUGAUAUAGGAAGGUGUACCUGUGUUAUUGUGAAGGAAACAUCCCCAGAUGGGUUCAAUGGAGGCACUCUCUACUCACUCUACACCUAUAUUUCGAAACAGUAUGAAUUAGACUUCAGAGACAGAGGAAGGCCAGAUCUCAAGAUCCAGAGCUCAAAGAAUGGAAGGCAGACAAUACUACAACUUGGAAGGGUAGGGAAAGCGAAAUAUAUAUGUGAUGGACUAUAGGUGGUAAAUAAACAACAGUUCAUUCAUAGUACAUUAUAUUAAGCACUGUGCUGUUGCAACAUAGCAAUUACUCGACUGAUAGCCAAAUUUAUAUGUGCAUUUACUAACCGGAGAAAUGGAUAAUAGAAGUUUGAUAUUUUAAUGGA